UCCUUUCUAUAAUUUCAGAUGCUAUCAUGCGCCCACUGGCGCCCGAUAAGAAGAAAUGCAGUGCUCGAGUGGGGGUGUUCGUCUUUCCCCUGCGUUCCCAUUGUCCAGAUGGUUGUGGGCCCGUGGAUUUUCCGCCAAGCUCUUCGUUGGAGGGCUUUCCUAUGAUACCAAUGAAGCUGUUCUAAAGGAAGCUUUUGGACGGCAUGGUGAGAUAAUUGAAGUUAAAGUUAUAUGUGAUCACAAGAGUGGGAGAUCAAAAGGGUAUGGGUUUUUGCGGUUCAUUUCUGAAACUGCAGCCGCCACAGCUCUAAAAGAAAUGGAUGGUCAGUUAUUGGAUGGCAGAAAUAUUCGUGUGCAUUGUGCACACCAGGCAUAAAAAGAUGAACCUGAGGUGAGCCGUGAUCAUCCCACCAUCUCACAGCUACGUCUCUGAGGCUUCACCUGUUUUAGCAGGAAAUGGGAAACUGGAUGCUAUUAAAGGUUGAGUCAAUAGAGCCUUCAGUUUUGCAUGCUGCUGAAUCCUCUGUUACAAAAUCUUAAGAACCUCUUUCCUAAAGACAGUAUACUUCAACUAAAACAGAAAGGGGCUUGCUUUUCUUUCAAUUUUUGAGGAUUGUAAAAUUUGAAUCGUCAAAUCCCGUCUCCCGUUUGCUCAUGUUAUAGGAUGCUUUAUUGGAUUAGUUUUUCUCUAAAACCCAACGUAGCCAAAUUAUCUUUUUAAAUGAAGAGUUGAGCAAGAUUAGAAAAGUAAUAUUAUGAUAUUUUUGGGUUA